AGGAGAGAUGAACCGCGACCUCAGGACCAUCGCAUCUCUCUGCAGCUGAAACAACAAGAAACCCUAACGAAAACCUGCAAUCGACGCUUCCUCUCUCUCUCUCUCCUCUCCUCUCCUUUUCUCUCUCCAAAAAUUCUCCCCGUCGCUUCUUCGCCACAGUUCGUCUCGUUCAUCGCACUAUAUGCUUCCUAGAAAGAGAGAAGCAGUGGGCGGAGAGGUUGUAGUAAACGAAGCCACGGAAUCUCCGAUCAAGAAGCUUCGCGGAGCUGCGGCUACGGACGGUUCUAAGAGCAACGAAAACAAUAACACCACCACUUUUAACAACAACAACAACAACAGUAGCAGCGUCGACGAAUUGCCGAUCAUGGCAUUGGGCAACGGGAGCUCAAACGAUAUCGAUGAAGAUCUCCACAGCCGGCAGCUGGCGGUGUAUGGCAGGGAGACCAUGCGCCGGCUCUUUGCCUCCAACAUUCUCGUCUCUGGAAUGCAGGGCCUCGGCGCAGAGAUUGCAAAAAACCUUGUUCUUGCCGGUGUCAAGUCUGUGACCUUACAUGAUGAUGGAGUUGUUGAGUUGUGGGACUUGUCAAGCAACUUCUUCUUUUCUGAGGAUGAUGUUGGAAAGAAUCGGGCCCUUGCCUGUGUCCAAAAAUUACAAGAACUAAACAACGCUGUUCUCAUUUCGACCAUAACAACUGAAUUGACAAAAGAGAAACUCUCUGAUUUCCAGGCUGUAGUUUUCACUGAUAUUAGCCUGGAGAAAGCAAUUGAAUUCGAUGACUACUGCCAUAAUCAUAAGCCUCCCAUAUCUUUUAUAAAAUCCGAAGUACGAGGCCUUUUUGGCAGUGUAUUUUGUGACUUUGGCCCUGAGUUCACUGUUCUUGACGUUGAUGGUGAGGAUCCACAUACAGGCAUAAUUGCAUCGAUUAGUAACGACAACCCUGCUCUCGUAGCAUGUGUUGAUGAUGAGAGGCUUGAGUUCCAGGAUGGGGAUUUAGUUGUGUUCACCGAAGUACAUGGAAUGACUGAGUUGAAUGAUGGAAAGCCGAGGAAGGUUAAGAAUGCAAGACCCUACUCAUUCACAAUCGAGGAGGACACUACCAAUUAUGCUGCGUAUGAGAAAGGGGGUAUAGUCACACAGGUGAAGCAACCCAAGGUGUUGAACUUUAAGCCUUUGCGAGAAGCACUUAAGGAUCAUGGCGACUUCCUUCUGAUUGACUUCUCCAAGUUUGAUCGCCCACCUCUCCUACACUUGGCAUUUCAGGCACUAGAUAAGUUCAUCUCAGAGUUGGGGCGUUUCCCUGUUUCUGGAUCUGAGGAUGAUGCUACAAAAUUCAUAUCUUUGGUAACUAACAUCAAUGAUAGCUCAGCAGAUGGGAAGCUUGAGGAGAUUGACCACAAGAUUCUUCGUCAUUUUGCAUUUGGUGCUAGAGCUGUGCUAAAUCCCAUGGCUGCUAUGUUUGGUGGUAUUGUUGGACAAGAAGUUGUGAAGGCCUGUUCUGCUAAGUUCCAUCCUCUUUUCCAGUUUUUCUACUUUGAUUCAGUUGAAUCCCUUCCGUCAGGGACCUUGGAUCCUAAUGACUUUAAGCCUUUGAACAGCCGAUAUGAUGCACAAAUUUCAGUAUUCGGAGCCAAGCUCCAGAAAAAGCUGGAGGAUGCAAAAGUGUUCACUGUCGGAUCUGGUGCACUAGGAUGUGAGUUUUUGAAGAAUUUAGCAUUGAUGGGUGUGUCUUGUGGUAAAGAGGGGAAGUUAACAAUUACAGAUGAUGAUGUUAUUGAGAAGAGUAACCUUAGCAGGCAAUUUCUCUUCCGAGAUUGGAACAUUGGGCAGGCUAAAUCAACAGUAGCUGCCUCUGCUGCUACGUUGAUAAAUGGUAGUCUGAAUGUUGAAGCACUGCAGAAUCGCGCAAGCCCGGAUACUGAAAAUGUGUUUGAUGAUACUUUCUGGGAGAAUUUGGAUGUUGUUAUCAAUGCUCUGGACAAUGUGAAUGCAAGGCUUUACAUUGAUCAGAGAUGCUUGUAUUUCCAGAAGCCCCUUUUGGAAUCAGGAACACUAGGUGCCAAGUGCAACACGCAGAUGGUCAUUCCUCACCUGACUGAAAAUUAUGGAGCAUCGCGGGACCCACCUGAAAAGCAAGCACCCAUGUGUACUGUCCAUUCCUUCCCUCACAACAUUGACCACUGCUUGACAUGGGCCCGAUCUGAGUUUGAGGGUCUACUUGAGAAGGUGCCAGCUGAAGUAAAUGCCUACCUGACCAAUCCUCAUGAAUACACUGCUGCAAUGAAGAAUGCUGGUGAUGCUCAGGCCAGGAACAACUUGGAAAGUGUCAUUGAAUGUCUUGACAAGGAGAGAUGUGAGACGUUUCAAGAUUGCAUAAACUGGGCCCGUCUAAAAUUCGAGGACUACUUUGUCAACCGUGUGAAGCAGUUAACAUAUACUUUUCCUGAGGAUGCUACAACCAGUAGUGGGACACCAUUUUGGUCUGCCCCCAAGCGUUUUCCUCGCCCGCUGCAGUUCUCAGUUGAUGAUCUCAGCCACCUUCAGUUUUUAAUGGCAGCAUCUAUACUACGAGCAGAGACAUUCAACAUCCCAAUUCCUGAUUGGGUAAAGUCUCGUACAAAGUUUGCUGAUGCUGUUAACAAAGUGAUGGUACCAGAUUUUCAGCCUAAGAAAGAUGUGAAGAUUGAGACUGACGAAAAAUCUACAAGCGUCUUACCAGCAUCGAUUGAUGAUGCUGCGGUUAUCAAUGAGUUGGUUGUGAAGUUAGAAAAAUGCAAGGAGCGGCUGCCACCAGGCUUCAAGAUGAACCCGAUUCAGUUUGAGAAGGAUGAUGACACAAACUAUCAUAUGGACCUGAUAGCUGGAUUUGCAAACAUGAGGGCCAGGAACUAUGGCAUUGGUGAAGUUGACAAGCUGAAAGCCAAAUUCAUUGCAGGAAGAAUCAUUCCUGCGAUUGCAACAGCUACUGCUCUGGCAACUGGCCUUGUCUGCUUGGAGCUGUACAAGGUUCUGGAUGGAGGGCACACGGUUGAGGACUACCGAAACACCUUUGCCAAUCUCUCCCUUCCUCUGUUCUCCAUGGCUGAACCAGUUCCUCCAAAAGUCAUCAAGCACCAACAUAUGAAGUGGACAGUAUGGGAUAGGUGGAUUAUAAGAGACAACCCAACUUUAAAGCAGCUCCUCAAGUGGCUCGAAGACCAGGGCCUAAGCGCGUACAGCAUCUCCUAUGGAAGUUGCCUGCUCUUUAACAGCAUGUUCCCGAAGCACAAGGAGCGCAUGGACAGGACCAUGGUGGACUUGGCUACGAGUAUUGCGAAGGCAGAACUGCCUCCAAAUAGGAAUCACUUUGAUGUGGUGGUGGCUUGCGAAGAUGAAGAAGAGAACGACAUUGAUAUCCCGCAAAUCUCCAUUUACUUCAAGUAGGCAUUUCGGUUGAUGAGCUUAUCAAUCAAAACUGGAAUGCAAUCUUUAGGAUGCAAACCCUUUGGCAUUUGACUUUUAAGUUUAAUACAAGCAGCAAACGGAGUUUUAUAUGUACUCAAUUAUAUGUCUAGACUUUAGAGUAGCACCGAUUGUCCGAACUUCGUUAUGUUCCUGCCGAUUUCAGGUCCAGGUCCAUCUGGUUAUACUUUCUAAUGUUGGUUGUUUAUUUUGCCAAUCAGUCAAUUUUAUGUCCUUUUUCCUUCGUU